AUGCUGGAACUACACAUCUGGGGACCUGCGUUCGGCCUCCCUUCGAUCGAUGCGCAAUGUAUAGCUAUAAUCGCAUAUCUAAACCUCACGCUCUCAAAAGACCAAUGGACGGUUGUAGCUUCUAGUAAUCCUUUGUUGUCGCCCAACCGAGAACUCCCGGCUCUGCGAGACGACAGAACAUGGGCGACUGGCUUCCGCGGUAUUGUUGAGUAUCUCCGUAAGAAGACCGACGGGCAGGCCGACCUCGACAGCUUCCUCUCUCCUGUUGAGAAAGCUGAAUGCAUAGCCUUCUCAGCCUUUAUCGAGACCCAUGGCCAAUCUCUCAUAGACCUCUCUCUCUACGUCUCCCGCAAAAACUUUGACUCUUGCACACGCUCAAUAUACGCCACCCUCUUACCGUUCCCAAUGCAAUACUAUAUGCCUGUUCGCCUACGUUCACAAGCAAAGGAUCGUACAGCUGGCCUCGGUGUCACCACGCUCGAUAUCGACGCCGUCGAGCCUACCCCCAAAGCUCCCGAAGCUGGCACACCACACACCACCGCCCCUCCAGAACAGAAGUCGACGUCGAUACUAUCAAGCACCGAGGUGGCAGCGACGUUCAAGCUGAUGGAUCUUGUGGCAGACUUCCUAGAGCCACUGAAGGCGCGCCUAGGCGAUGAAAAGCACUUUUUUGGCGACUACCCAAGCUCACUAGACUGCUUGGCGGUUGGAUACCUGGCGCUAUGCUUCUACCCUGAGCUGCCACAGGCGUGGCUGCAGAACGAGAUGAAGAAGAGCUUCCCUAGGAUAUGUGGCUACCUUAAUGACCUGAAGCCGCAGCUGAUAGGUGAAUUUGUGGAUGCGAAGUCGAUAUUGACGUAUACGCACGGCGGCGAACGUGUUACGUCUAUGCUACCGUGGGGCGUAGCGGAGAAGGGGGAUCUACCAUGGAUGUCAAUGUUUUUGGUAGAGAAGGCUUUGGAUGUAAUGGGGCUGGGAAGGAAUAAUGAGUUGAGGAAGCAGAAAAUUAAAGAGAAAGAGGAUGCUAUGGAUCCGAUGGACUUGGAGAGGAGGAGGAAAGCACAAGCUGCUGCAAGAAGACAAAGAAUUAAAAGCGUGUUAACGGUCGCUGGUGGUGUGGCGGCGUUUGUGGGGUAUUGUGUGUGGGUUUUGCAGACAGGGUCACAACAUCAGGCAGCAGGUGAGGACGUGGGCGAGAGUGCUCGAGUUGUCAGGGAAUAUAUAAUCGUUGAUGACGAUGGCGAGGAGGAAGAGGAGGAAGAGGAGGAAGAAGACGAGGAGGAAGAAGACGAGGAGACGAGGAAGGCAAGGGAAGCGGAGGAGCUGGAAAUAAUAGAGAGGAUGGAGGGAGAAAAUGAAAAGAACGCUUUCGGUCUUGCAGGCGCGAUCUUGGGACUUAACAAUCCAAGGCCACCGCCGCAAGAGUUCAGUCCUGGGGAAGAGGAAGAGAUCGCGGAAGACAUCCAAGAGGAGGAAUAG